UACAUAAUGAUACACUCGGUCCCUGCAAGUAUGCUGUAACCACGCAUGCAUUUAUAUCAAAGACUCACUCAGCAUCAAUCAGUAUCAAUCUGAACACACCUCAGAAGCGUGCAUAAUUAUUAUUCUGAAAAAAAAACAUUCUAUUCGCGUCGAGUGUUUUAUUCUUUAAAUAUUAUUGUAUCUUAUAGCGACCGUAAUUCGAAAGAUAAAAAUGGAUAGAUGGAGAGGUAAAAUAGCCGUGGUAACUGGUGCAUGCUCGGGAAUCGGUCGCGCCAUUACAGUCUCAUUAUUGUGCAACGAAAUAAAUGUAAUCGGCUUGGAUAUUAAUGCGGAAGAGUUUCCGAAGAUAAAAGAACGCGUUUCGAGUGCUUCUUCUAAAGCUGGCGCUUUUCACGGGAUUCAAUGUGAUGUUUCGCGGGAUAAAGACUUAAGUGAUGCUUUUGAAGUUGUUGAUAAACAAUUUUCAGGCGUUGAUAUUUUGAUCAACUGCGCUGGAGUUAUUGAUUACAGAACUAUAUAUGAUGCUGACAGAGAAAGCUUCGAAAGACUAUUAAAUAUCAAUGUCCUGGCUGUUGCUACGUGCAUAAGAGCCGCCAUUAAAUCGAUGCGAGACAGAGGAGUUCAAGGACACAUUAUUAAUAUCAACAGCGUCGUUGGUCAUGAAAUUCCCAUGAAAGGUUUAUCAGACAGCGUCGGGUCGAACAGCUACAAUUUAUACCCAGCUUGCAAGCACGCUAGCGUAGCCAUCACACACUCUGUUCGUCGCGAAUUAUCCCAAGCGAAAAUCGCCAUUAAAAUUACGAGCAUAAGUCCCGGUCUGGUUAAAACAAAUAUAGCAAGUAAGACGAAUUUAAAAAAUCUCUUUGAUGAAAUUCCAGCUCUGGAACCAGAAGACGUUGCUGAUGCUGUACUUUAUGCUCUUGGCACACCGCCUCAUGUACAAGUACCUAUAUUUUUACUGUUAUUAUUGUUGUUACCGUAACCUAUUUCCGAGCUGACGAUCCAGAGAACUGGGGAGCCUUAGAAUACUUUAAGUUAUACUAAACUUCUGCAAUACAACAAUCUUCAAGUGCAAUUCAACUGCUAACAAAGUUUCAGGAAAUUGUAACACCAUACCAGCAAUUUUUUAAAUUUAUAUUUGGUCGAGUGGGUUGAAGAUACGAGAAGAGUACA